AUGGAUACCUCAAGGAAAAUGAUUCUUGAUCAAAUUAAUGGCCACAUGUAUAUGAGUUCACUGAAUGCACUGAUGGGGCCGUCGGGUGCGGGAAAGACAACACUAUUAAAGUGUUUGAACGGACAAAACAAUAGAGGUCUAAGCGAUAGGACAAAGAUUUACUUAACUAAAUACCGACAAAUUAGGUCUUGUUUUAUCAAAUCGGACUUUCGAGAGCACCUAUUAUCAGAACUGGUGAUCAGCGAUACGGCCGACAAUCGGGUCGAGUCUUGCAGUGGAGGCGAACAAAAGCGUAUAAUAAUUGCCUGCGAAAUGACGGCACAUAUUAAGCCUAAUAUGUUGUGUAUUGACGAACCGACGAGUGGUCUCGACAGCAAUGCAGCCGAUGUGGUCAGUAAUAAACUGUUUAAAAUGUCAAACAUGCGUCCAGUGUUUGGUUCACUCAAUAUAUCAAAGAGAUUCAGUUUUAUUGACAUAUACUACUUGCUGUGCCGUUCGCUGACCCAUACAUUCCGGUGCCAAUGGGUGUCUGUUUUGCUGCAAUUUAUUAGCAUUCAAAUGUUGGCAAUUGUCUUAAAAUAUGGUUUCAGUGCCGAUAUAAUACUGCCCGACGGCUGCGUUGAGCUCGAGAUCGGAGGCGAGUGCUAUCAGACAGAGGCCGAGCUCCGGGACGAGAGGCUCAUCAAGAAUAACAUUAAAUACAAUCUCUGUUUAUUACUUUCGUUGGCAUUUGUUGUGCUAAUCGUAAUGUCUGUCACUUUUGGUGCCGACUUUCGCAUAUUCCGGAGUCAACAGCAAAAUGGUUGGUAUAGCACCGGGUCAUAUCUCUGGUGCCGUACGAUUGUAGACUUGCUUCCAGUGCUAAUGGCGUUACCAUUGUUUUGUUGGAUCGCAAACCUAUACAAUACUAUUACUUUCUAUGUGUUUACGUUUGCACUCAAUUUACUGGUCAUAAUGUGUACGCAAAGUGUAUCUCAAUUAUCGGCCAUAUUGUUCGCGAAUGAGCCCAAAAUGGCCCUAAUGUUUGCCAUAAUGAGUCAGACUAUUAUGUUAAUAUUGGGCAACAGUUUGAUCCCGGUCAAAGAGCUACACUAUACGAUGCAAGUGUUCAGUCAGUUCUCUUAUAUUAGAUUAUCAUUUGAAUGCAUGGUUAUAAUGAUCUAUGGCUUUGACCGGUGUCAGGGUAAUCAGGUAUCGACCGUAUUGUACGGUCUGGAAAUUGACGAUGAUCAAUUUUGGACAAAUAUUGUCCAAUUGAUUUAA